CUACCAUGGCUAAAUCACAGCCCCCACAGCCAGGCUGGCACAUUCCCUGCCGCCUGAGCAGCCAGGGCACAGAUGGGCAGUGAAGCGGAAGGGAUUGGGGUGGAAUCUCCCUGGGGCAUCAAUGGUUCUUUACCCAGCUGCACCUUCUCAGCCCUUUCCCUUCCUCCACCUUCCCAGAAGUCUCAAUCAACCUCCCAGGGAUACCCUCUGUGUACCCCCAGAUGCAGAUAGCCGGGCAGCUGAAGGCAGAGCCCCGGAGCCCAUUGGCUGGGGUUGUGGCCACGCUGCUGGCUGUUCUCGGACUGGGCGGCUCCUGCUAUGGUGUCUGGAAGAUGGUGGGGCAGCAACAGCCACCACAGACCCCAUGA